UCUUCUUCUUCUUCUUCUUCUUCUUCUUCUUCUUCUUCUUUGGCUUCCUUGUUUACUCAGGCAAUGCAAACGUUGUCUAGCAACGAGGCAAGCACAAAUGGACAAGUUGACUUAUUGUUACCUGAACAUAACUUGUCGGACCAAAACCCACUUGGUGGCCUUGCCGAGGUUUCUUACGAUGCAAGUAACUUCAAGUUCAAUCACAAUGAGAUGCAAGGAGAAGCCAGUUCUCGGAAUCCUGAACCCGAAGAAUCCACAUUUGAAAUGAGCAACCUUUAUCAAGCUAUUAUUGUCGAAGACGUCAGUGGUGUGAGCAAUGACAACACAAGCCAGGUUGGCUCUAACGGAAAAACACUGAACUCUGCCUCUGCUUCUGCUUCUGCUUCUGCUACGGAGAUAUAUGCUCCAGCUACUGGCAACAACCCUAAUCAAGAGCAAAACGUUGGAGAUUUCGUGGAGCUACCGUACUUCAACCAGGAAUGGGGUGAGGACGAUUUCAUGGACUCCUUGUUGGACUAUGGGAUGCAUUGAAAGCCCACCAAAGAUGACAUCAAAACCAAAGUCUAUAUUGAAUUAAAUAUCUCCACAUACUUUCCUAGAGGGUUACUACUAGCUAUAUAAACAAAAGGACUUUUGGGUAUGCAGUAGACCCUGUACAUUUUAACCAUCGAAUAAAGAGGGAUGGAGAAUUUGAACCAAACAAGCUUUGCCAAUAGACUCGUGGCUGUCUGCUUCUAAUUUGGUUCCAGGUUUUGGAUGAUGAGAAGGUCGGCCUGUAU